AUGUCUUCUUUGGGAAUUCGUCUUCGCGGGGUAUUGUUCGCGACGAAUAGCGCCGCGCGCACCCACGCCGCCGAAGCGAUGAUGACGAUGCGAAAAACAUCACAAAAGACGUCAUCACCAACAACAACUUUCAACAGAAGAACAAUUUUUACUUCUACGAAAACUCCAAAAGCGUCGUCGUCUGUUUUAAGCGGGGCACGGGCGAACAGGAUGGCUGAGAAUGCGAUACCGCGUGGUUUUAGUGGUCGUAAUCCUUCGUCGUCGUUUACGUCGUCGUCGGGGUACGUGUGGAACGCUCUGACCAAAAUGCAGAAGAAGAUACCAACGAGAAGGACGGGAACGGGAACAACGUCUACCUCUUACAGAACAUUUUCAUCGUCCUCGCUGGCUGUAGCCGCGCGUCGAUCGUCGUCAUUUCCUAAACUUCGACGUUAUCAUGAACAACAUCAAUCUUUGUUAUUACGUCGACGGCGGCAGUAUUCAACUUCCGAAACGAUGCAUCAAAAUCCUUUAGUUCUCGGCGGACCGCGAGCGGUGAAACAAGUCACGUAUUGGCUCGUUGGCGGAUGCGCGUGGGUUUUUUCAAUGGUUGUCAUUGGAGGGAUGACGCGAUUGACUCGAUCGGGACUUUCUAUGACGGAUUGGAAGUUUCAAUACGAGCAUCCUCCGUUAACGUUAGAAGAUUGGGAACGCGAAUUCGAUAAGUACAAGCAAUCUCCAGAGUAUCAAAAAACAAACAUCGGGAUGACGCUCGAGGAAUACAAGUUCAUUUACUGGAUGGAGUACGGGCACAGAAUGUGGGGAAGGGUUUUAGGGAUUUAUUUCGCGGCACCGCUAGCAUAUUUUAGCUAUAAAGGGUACAUAACGAGCAAGCUCAUGAGACGAUUGGGCGUGUUUUUCGUUCUAGGCGCGACGCAAGGCAUGAUUGGGUGGUGGAUGGUGAAGAGCGGAUUGAAGCAAACGGAAGAGCAAAAAUUUGAUGUGCCUCGCGUGAGUCCGUAUCGGUUAGCCACGCACUUAGCGGGCGCAUUCACCAUAUACACCGGGAUGGUUUGGACGACGUUGAAUGUCAUGAAUCCAGUCUCGCCGGCGCAGUUACCAGCGGCUACAGAGGCGUUAAUUUCGGCGACGAAACAGUUGCGUAAAGCCGCGCACCCGCUCGCCGGUUUGAUUGGCUUGACGGCAAUUUCUGGAGCGUACGUCGCUGGGAUGGACGCGGGGAGAGCAUACAACACGUUUCCGUUAAUGGAUGGUAAAGUAGUUCCAGAUGAGUAUUUGAAGGAUUGGGAGUCGAAAGGGUGGAGAAACUUUUUCGAAAACACCGCAGCGGUUCAGUUCAACCAUCGUGUGUUAGCGUUGACGACGCUGGCGAGCGUAUCCGCAGUGCACGCGAUGUUUCGAGGAAACGCGGCUUUAUCUUCUCAAUCAAAAUUACAUUUAAAUGCACUGAUGGGAGUAACAGUCGCGCAGGUUGGGUUAGGUAUCACCGCGUUGCUUUAUCACGUUCCUGCUGAGUUGGGGAGCGCGCAUCAAGCGAAUGCGUUGAUACUCUUCACUGUAAUUUUGAGCUUGAUGCAUUCGGCUCGGAAACCAAAGAAGCUCGUCUUCGUAAAAGACUUAUGGGCGCAUAAACCAGCAGCAGCAUAA